AUGUCGGCACAACAAGCUCUGGCCGUGAUAUAUUUCGGCGAACACUUGGAAAAGGUUGCUCGCAUAAUCCCCACUCCGGGUGAAAAUCAAGUGCUCGUGAAGGUCACCGUUGCUGGACUAAAUCCAAGCGACCAAAAAGCCAGAGACUACGACAUUUUUCAAUGGUCCCACCGUUUGCCAGCAGUCAUUGGAAGUGAUGUUGUUGGCUCGGUUGUGGCUGCUGGACCUGGGUCUCAUCAUGGCGACUUGCCUCCAGGAACCCGCGUCAUGACCGAGUCCAAUUUACACGGCACCAAUGAUGAAACCGCUCUGCAAGAGUACGUAGUUGCCGACGUACCAUUUACUGCCCGUGUUCCAGACAAUCUUUCUGAUGCAGACGCGGCCGUCUUUCCCACCAAUGGCGUCACUGCUGCUGUGGCACUCUUUGACGAAUCUGGUCUGAAGAUCCCGUUUCCAUCAACUCCUGCAUCAGCUAGCUUCGAUUAUAAGUCGCAAACGUUGUUGAUCAUGGGCGGUGGGAAUGUCUCCAAGCUUGCAACACAGUUUGCCAAAGUCGCUGGAAUUGGGACCAUUAUUGUUAUUGCUGGCUCGUACCAUGCCGUAGAGCUUAGAGCCUACGGGGCGACACAUGUGAUUGACCGCAAAUUGUCAGACGAAGAAAUCUUUUCCAAGGUCCGUGAGAUAGUUGGCGACGACCUCAUCUACGCUUUCGAUGCUGUAGGUGCGCCCAAUACAGUCAAUCUCGCCGUGUCACUCCUGUCAGACUCCAAAAAAGGCUCCCUUGCUAAGGUCCUUCCGACCCCACCCGAUGCAGCAAUCGCACAGAAGAAAUCGAAUGGUUUCGAUGAUCUCAUGGUCUUUGGAUCGUCUCAUGCACAUCCUGAAGUAGGCGCCCUCUUCUGGAAGGCUCUUCCUACAUGGAUUGAAAAGGGUCUCGUGAAGCCUUUGAGAUAUGCUGUUGUGCAGGGUCUUGACGUAGACAAGGUAAAUCUCAUCCUCAAUGAUAUGCGUGACGAUAAGAAUAAGUCCCGGUGGCACGUUCGGAUCUAA